UACGAUCUUCUCGACAAACUCUCUCGUAGACGACAAUAUGCACGUUCUCAUGUUAAACACAAAGCUCCACUUGUUGGUGUAGAUAGCGAACGAACUUUCGUGGAGUCUCCUGAAAUGGAAAUUGCAGGAUAUGGGUUGAUGGAGAGAACAAGUAUCGACCCGCGGCGAGCUAGGAGUCUGCCAUGGUUUGAGGACAGUCGAACGUCAUACCAACAUCACGCGGACUAUCUCAAACGCCUGUCCACCCUUAGGGACGAACUUAUCAACCAGGAGCAUGAGAACCUGUCAAACGCUUUAGAGCGACUUAAACAGAGACAAAACGGAAAGGAAAACAGAACUACUACGCGACCACGUGACACAGAUGCAUUCGGGUUUGAGGUUCCACCCCGUAAGGCACUGAUGACAACAGUUGAACAGUUCAAACGUACCCGGCCCAGACGAAGUCCUCCAAGGAUUAUGCCUUUAGAGGGAAAGCAAAUUAUGGAACCACAAGCGGUUUUCAAAUCUCCUCGUAGCCCAUUGCUGCCACCGUCGUCACUUCCGGUUCGAACGCCAGAUGAAAGUUUUAAACUGAAUCUACAACGGUUGAUCCAGCCAACUUCUAGUAUUCCAAACAUUGGUCGAAAAUCAACAACCUCUAACAAACAAUUAGUUCUUGAAACAUCCCCGUUACAGAAGAAGUCCACGCCACCUAAGUUAUCCCCAUAUCCAUUAGAACGGCAUGGUCCAUUGUACAAAGGUACACUGAAGACAGGGGGCCGUCUCAAAGGUCUUAUCAGGCCGGAUGACGACAAAGACUACGACGAUUUACCAACGCCCGGUUUUCAACAUUCUGACACAAUGGACCAGGAUAAGAUGAGCCUGGAACAGCUUAAAGACUAUUACUGUAUAUAUUAUCUUCCUACGAACACGCCCGUAGUUCCGAACGAAGACGACAUGUCUUUCUACGGGGAAUCCGUACAUAGCAGUCGGAAAUCCGAAGGGAGAGACAGUAGAAAACGAGUUAAUGCCGUAGAGGGCAGGUCAAUUAUGAAGAGACUCGACAAAUCGAAACAUAGAACAAAUCCUAGGCGCACGCCAAGACGUGACCGAAAAAACUAUUCCGAAAGUCAUGAUUACGACUCGGAUUAUUCAGGUGGUACGCCACCUCCUGCACAUAAGAAACAGAUUGUUGUAGAUAUGCCAGCGAUAGUGUUUAACACGGCAACCCCGGAAAGGACACGGAUUGACUUCGAUCCUCAGAUAACGCCCCUGCGUAAAACUUAUAAGCAAAAUGAACUUCGUCAGAGGGAAUUAAAAAACUUAAUUGAGGAUGUCAAAGAACUCAACUUACGGAACGACACGUUAACAGGGUUCUUGAAAAAAGCACCGGAUGAAUAUCGGGAAUAA